AUACUAAUUUUGUCAGAGUGCGAGAUGAUGAUUCAAACAAUCGAAUUAAAAAGUCUUCGGGAAUGUCUAAUUCUGUUUGUUGAGUUUCUGGAUUUGAGAUUAUUGCCGGUUUAAAUUCCAUCGUUUCCAGCUUUGUUAAAUUUUUUGCCCAAUAAAUUAAGUUAGAUUUUAUAGCCAUUAUAUAGCUACAAUUGAUUAAUUUUAAUUCUGAGAGGUUUUCUAACAUGCUUAACGAGUUUAACGCAUUUUGGUCCAUAUUUGCAAAACAAAAGUUUUUGAGUUCUAAAACUUUUAAUGAAUCCCUUUGUAUAUAUAGUGAUUUAAAAAUACAAUCUUCAAUAUUCUCAACAUUGGGUAAAUUAGGUGAAUCUAACCUAUUGAUACUUUUUGAUAAUAUCAAAUAACGUAAGUUAUUCUGUUUACUUAUUAAAUGAGAUAAAUGAUUUGCCACAUAGGAAUUGUUAAUAUCUUCAUUAUAA